GUUCCAUAGAUCAUGUGGAUGGAGGGAGAUUUCCAGGUGCAUUAUAUAACACCUAACCGCUCAGGUAGCGCCCCCGGCUGGUGUCUCUGGAUAUAAUCUCGGCACAUGUGGGGCUAUGAGCGUUGAUAUAAUUUCAUCGGCCAAGAUGGAGUCUGCGAAGCGUGUUCUGGUGUAUCUGACCAAAGAGACUUCGCUGCUUCAAUGUGCGAGGUUUGUGCAGGGCGUCACCGGGCACUUUGCCCCCGAGGAUCAGGACCGGGUGAUGGUGAACUGCGGCCUGGAUCACAAUCGGUUCAUCAUUUCGGAUCGGCCGUUCAGCGGCUCCAGGAAGGCGGAGUUACAGAGGCCGGCCUUCUGUCCGAUAAAAAACCUAACCACGGACCAAGUGGCAUCUCUGCCGGAGGAGAUAAGGGGCCGCGGCGUGGAUGUGGGGGUUGCCAUCUUGUUGCAGUCCGUCAAUAAAAGGAUUCUUCUGACCAGACGCUCCAAGGAGCUGCACAUCUUCCCCAACGUCUGGGUGCCGCCAGGAGGUCACAUGGAGGACGGAGAACAGCUCAUUAAUGCCGGCCUGCGAGAACUUCAGGAGGAGACGGGGUUAAAUCUGCAAGACGCCAACCUCCCCUGGAGCAUUCUGGGAUUGUGGGAGUCAGUGUUCCCACCAAUGCUGAGCCGUGGCCUGCCCACACGCCAUCAUAUUGUCACUUACCUGCUGGUGUCAUCCAAUGAAACCCACCAAGAGCUGCAGGAGAAACUCCAGCCAGAUGAGCGGGAGGUGAGCGCCUGCGCGUGGCUGGAUCGGGAGAUCGCAGAGCAGAUCGUGACCGCCGCAGAAGGAGAAAAGGAUUCUGGGAGGAGAAGUACUGGUCUGCAGACUCCAAUAACCAUCACAGAAGUCAGCGGUCGAUCACUGACACAGAAAGACCUCGCCCUGUCUACACUUCUUAAUACGGCCCCUAUAGAGGGUGAGGAUACGGAACGCGUGAGCACCGGUACAAAGUACGCGCUGGAGCUGUGGCUGCAAACUGUACGCCGAGAGGAAGUUCCCUAGAGGUCCUUUACUCUAUUGCACUUUCAAUACUAUCAGUAUAGAGGCCUUGGAAGACACGACAGGACACAGCGCCCCCAGAGGCUGCGGCAGACAUGACAGGACAAGCACUGAAUAAAUAAAAGGGGUUUAUUCCCGUUUAAAAAGAUUUUUGUUGCCUUUCUUUUGGCCUUGGAAGAUGUCGCCUGCACCAGCUCUACCUCAGUGCGUACGAAGAACAGACUAAAUACAGAUAAGUCAUAGAUUUAAAUACAUAAAUAUGCAGAUGACGGUGAUGCCGCUACUACCGCCGCAUUAACCCUCCAGCACCAGGAAGGAUAUCUGGAAUAUUCCUUGGUGGGAGGGGUACGUGACCUUCAUACAGAACAGGGUCUGGUCUUUGGAGUUUGUUUAAGUAAAAAAACAAAAAACGGAAAAUAUAUCAUUGUCUAUUGGCGUUUAUCUCUGUACAGCGCUAGGAGGAGGCGGCAGCAGUGAGCGUACG